AUGCACAUCCCCUUGAAAUCUGAAUCCGAACGCGAAUCCGCAUCGGCCCUGCCUAGUCCGACGUCUAGUUCUUCGUCGGCAUCGAAUUCUGCAGGGGCGUCGGUCGUAUCGAGGCCUGGAUCGCCACGUACUUUGACUGGAGGAAGCGGGAACACGAUUAAGGAUAUUAUUCGGCGCAGGAGUGCUGAGCUAGGGCGGCUCCUGGAGGGUGACCGCACAGGCGCAGGGGUCAAGCGUGGUAACACAAAUAGCUGCAACGACGACAGCAGAACAAGUCUGGAGCAAGAGAUCCUUCAGCCGCACCCGCGACCGAAGUUCGCCAUGCACGAUCGAGGCGUCAGUAACGUCGAAUUCACACGCCCCUCAUCCCCCCAGCCUACCGUAGUCCGUGCUUCUACCACAUCUAUUCAUGCCCCUAUUCCCACUACCCCGACUCGUCGCUCAAACUUCUCGCUCACUCUCCCCUGGCGCCCUCAAUCCGAAUAUUUCAGCAACACCUCCUCCUCAGGUCUCAGCUCGAGUCUCACAAAACCCCAGCGUCGCUUCAUCCGCGCGUUUCCGGAACUGGCAAAUUUGGUCAUGGUGCCAUCUUCGUAUUGUGCCCCUUGUUUGGCGACUCCUCCGCCGACACCACCAAGUGUAUCGACCAUCUCACCAUCGGCUUCGAUGACGACUUCGCAUACGGCGAAUACGGUUUCGACGGCGUCGUCAGAUUUCUCGUCGAGCUGGACAUUGGCCAACAAUAACAACAUGAAUGGCUGCCCGGGACACUUUGAUGACUUUGCGUGUGCACUCGAGCGCGAGAUCUUGUGGCAAGGGACGUUAUAUCUGACAGCGACGCAUGUGUGUUUUUAUGGACGGCAUUUCGGAAAGACGGUGAGAAUCAUGGUUGAUUAUAUGGAUGUGGUCGCGAUCGAGAAGGAGAAGAAGAUGGGCGUGUUCCCGAGUUCGAUUAGGAUCCGCGUCAGGGUUCCGCCAACGACGGCUGCGGCGGGCGAUGACAGCAACACGAAAGAGGAACCCGUCAAGGAUGGGAAACAGCCCAUUAAGGAUUACGUCUUCACCAGUCUGAUGAGCCGUGAGCAGGCAUAUUCAAUCAUGGAACGAAACUGGACGGUGCAUCGACAGGUCAUGCAAACCCUCGUCCACACAGGGCUCGAGUCCCCGCCAGUGGAAGGCCUUGAGGCUGAAAAUCAAACGAUGGAUGCUUUUAAUUUGACGCUGAAGCCGCGCGGCAAGUUGAGCAGUCUGAGGGCUCAGCGCAAGGGCGCGCCCAGGACGUACUCUGUGGUCACGGACGAGACGUUUUCGAGCACGGAGAAUGUGGAUCGACCGACAUUGCAUAAUCGAUUCUCGUCCGCGCUGUCACGUCCAUCCACACCGACGCAAAUACAAGGGACUGGAUACGAGGGUUCAUCAGAGUUCUGGAACAGCGCUACUACGGAAGAGGUUCUUCAGAAGAGCGAGGAUUCGUCCGUCCGUACGGACAGUCGGAGGAACUCUGUUGCAAGCAGUGCCGGGUCUUCUUCAGAAAAGCAGCAGUUAAAUACAGGAUUGAUCGGUUUCCUGCAGAUGCGGUCCAACCAGGGCAACAAGCGCAAUAAAUCCGACAGCGGCAGCACAGCUGACCAGCAGCAACAGCAACAGGGAGGUAUUGCUCUGAAUGCUGUCGCCACCGCCGCAUAUCCUUCUCCACCGAGUAGCUCUCCUAUCAUGGUGCAGGCAUCUUUGUCCUCAGAAUUGAGUCGAGACAACGAUAUGAAGCUAUCGUGUACGCCUCCGCCGGUACUGAUUUCGCCAUCUUUGAUGACAACAAAGAUGUUGUACUCAUCGUCCGCAGUUCAGAGUGUUGCGCUGCCGAGCAGUGUCAGAAACGCGAGUGUUCAUAUUCGUAAGGAGGGUGCGGGCGCAUCACUGGACCCAUCAUUAGGCGAUGCAGAGGUUGCGGCUGCAGCUAAAAAGAAACCAGCAGCACUCCUUCCCACGGCUCCAGUGUCAUGCGGGUGUCAGCGACACUACAAGAAUGCGGUUGUGUCGGCUGUGAUUCCCUUGCCGCUGGAACUGUGCUUUGAGAUCUUGUUUUCAGGGAAGGGCGCAGGGCAGGGCGAUAAAUUGGGCUGUGAGACGCAUCGGAUCAAGGAUGGGUCAACGGAGAUCAAGAUCAUGCCCUGGCAGGAGUGUGAGGCUAAGGAACUGAAAUCAGGAAGCAAGAAGACGAUAUCGGCAUUAUGGGAAUCUCAGAAACGUAACCUGGAGUACUCAGUCUCGUUCAAAGUUCCUAUGCUGGCGAAGACAUCGACACCAUGCUUCGAGAUACAACAGGUCACUCACUACAGCGAUUUUAUGAUCCUCGUCCACUCCGAAUCACGGACACCCAACGUCCCCUACGGCGAGCACUUCUCGACCGUGAACCAAAUUUGUAUGACGUGGGAAGCACCCGGUCAGACCAAAAUCAAGUGCUUCACCGAGGUCAAGUUCAAGAAAUCGAUCAUGUGGAGUAGCAAGGUCGAAGCUGGAUCUUUGGAGGGAUCGGGCGGGUUUUACAAGGAGUUCAUUCGACAGCUGCAGGAUCUGGCAGAGACCCAGGGCACGCAGCUUCUCGCUGAGGCUGCUGCUGCUUCGGCACCAGAGGUGUCGCCAGAAGCGAACAGCGCUUUGGAUGUACCGACGCUUGGGCUGACAAAGCAGAGUGGGCAAACCGCUAUAGACAAAAGCCUGAAUGCCAUUACCAGUCAUACCGCUGCCGCCUCGCCAGCCCUGCCAGCAUCCUCGUUGCCCGGACCAUCACGAGCAUCAGCAGGAGCAACGACGACAACGUCCUCCUUACAGGCCUCGGAAAUGAUUCAAGCACACACUCUUCUUACACGACAGUUCUUCCGCAGCACCUCACCGCCUAUAAGCGAACCCACCCCCGCCGAACCGCCAGUUCGCCCCUCUCUGAGCUUUGCACGCCCGCAGUCCGAACCGUCGACGAUCUUGGAGGUCAAGGACCAAUUGGCACCACUCCUGCCCUCGGAGAAGAAAUCAGCUCUGUCUGUACUCCUCGAAUCGUUCGCCCCGCCAGGGUCCCCGAUCAUCACGGUUGCAGCGGCAGCGGACGUAGUCUGGCAGCACGAGAAUAAGGCUGCGUUGCUGCCGACGCAAGUUAAGGACAACAGGAUGGCUGUUUCAAACGCAGAAACGGUUACAGCAACAGCGAUAGCAACGAGCGCGCCGAGCAGCCCGCUUUGGGGAGGCUUCGUGCGCCGCGGCUGGACGUUCUUUGGUCGAUCGACGACCGUUACGGCCGCUUCGGAGCCGUCAACGCCGACUACAUCUAUUGACCGCGCCGCUACGGAUUCGGGCCCACUCUCCACGAUAACCUCGUCGUCCGUAACCUUCCAGGAGUCGAAGCAGAAUGAUUCUGUGCGCGUGAAGUUUGCUCUUCCAGCGGCGUCCAGGCGGUCAUUUGCGCGGUCGACAGAUGAUGGAAGUAGUCGGUUGUCGACCUCGUCGUCAGUAAGGUCGUUCGCAUCUGUACCGUCGUUGGCCUCGUCGUUCAGGGAACAUGGACAGCGUGGCCUACAGGGACAACAACCACAACAACAACAGUGGCAGUAUCAGUCAUCGUCGUUGGCGCAGCCUACUGCGUUGUCGCUUACGAAAGACAUGGCCCAGCAGCAGCAGCAGCAGCAGCAGCGCGACCCUCUGUCGCGUCUACUGUCGAGAGCGAUUUUUGCGUUCGUGGUGCUGGGCAUGAUGGUGACGACGUUGAACGCGUGGCAUUUGUUUUCGAUCGUGGAGUCGAUGGUUGAGGUGGUGCAGCAACGGCAUGAUCUAAUCGUGCAUCAGCUACCGCAGCAUCACCAUCAGCAGUAUCCACAUCGGCUGCACUCGCGUCUGCAAAUGACCCAUCGCCAUGGGUACGCUCCUCAAUGUGGAGACCGAUACGUCGACCGCCGAGGCCCUUAUGAGUCCUAUAACCGAUAUUAUUACUUGCAACAGCAACAGCAACGACGGGAGGAUGAUUCCUGGAAGAGACACGAUGACCUUGCUACUUGGGAGCAGAACCAGAGAUCUACGUCUGAGUACGAGUUUUUGGAUACCGAACCGAACUUAGAUAUGGAUAUGGAGCCUGAGGCACAGAAGUAUACUGUCGAUCGCCCACCGCCCUCGUCCUCGUCCUCGCCUUCGCCUUCGUCUUUCCCUGCGCCAAAGCGCCCGGCUGUAGAUGAGCAACCGCAAGAGGAGGAGCAGGAGCAGGAGCAGUACGAGUCUGAGUCUCGAAUGGGAUCUCAUGUCGAGGAAUUAAGGCAGAAGCAGAACCGGCACCAGCAGACACUGGACCCAUUGAAUACACAGAAGGAGCUGCUGAUGGCCGAGAUUGUCGAGCUCUUUGCGUUGUUGGAGCAUGCCCGCCGGGAACUUAGCCAGACAUCAUCCUCUCACAACUAA